UUGUCGUUUCCGUUCCAGCUUGCCCGGGCGACGUAUCAGGUCGAGCUUCGUGGCAAAGAAGGUGGCAGAUCGAAAUAUUAGAAGAUGUAUUUCGCAAGCGUGAUUUUGAGUUUAUUCUGCUUUCUGGCAUCUACGAAUGCCGGUGGGGAGACUUUAGUCCUCCUGGAUAAUUUAGCGAUUCGGGAAACGCAUUCAAUAUUCUUCAAAUCGUUGCACGAACGAGGUUAUACCUUGACGUACAGAUUGGCCGAUGAUGCUAACCUGGUCCUGUCCAAAUACGGCGAAUAUCUAUACUCUAAUCUAAUAAUAUUUGCACCUUCAGUCGAAGAAUUUGGCGGAGUUUUAAGCAUCGAUGCUGUAACAGACUUCAUUGAUGGAGGAGGAAAUGUUUUAGUCGCUGGAUCGUCUCAGUCAGGAGAUGUACUCAGGGAAUUAGCAUCCGAAUGUGGGUUCGAAGUAGAUGAGGAAGGUGCAGCUGUCAUUGAUCAUAUGAAUUAUGAUGUGUCAGAUGCGGGUCAGCAUACUACAAUCGUAGCAGAUACCAUAAACCUCAUUGAUGCCCCAGUUAUUGUUGGAGACAAAACAGUGGCUCCAUUACUUUACCAAGGAACCGGACUUGUAGCUGACGUUGAGAACCCACUAGUCCUUCAAUUGCUCACUGCCGCUAGCUCUGCUUAUUCUUAUAACCCGGAUCAACCUGUUAAGGAAUAUCCACAUGCUGUAGGCAGGAAUACUCUUCUGAUUGCUGCUCUUCAGGCACGAAAUAAUGCCAGGGUAUUGUUCUCUGGAUCUCUCUUCUUCUUCAGUGAUGAAGCUUUCACCAGUUCUGUUCAAAAAGCUCAAGGUGGUCAGUAUUAUGAAAAGUCCGGCAACGAGGCUGUUGCCAAGGCAAUGUCUCAAUGGGUAUUCAAAGAGAGUGGUGUUAUACGCGCAUCAUCUGUGAGCCAUCACAAAGUGGGUGAAAAGGAUCCCCCGACAGCUUACACAGUUAUGGAUGAUGUUGUGUACACGAUUACCAUUGAGCAACUAGCUGGGAAUAAAUGGAUCCCAUAUGAGGCGAACGAUUUGCAGUUGGAAUUCGUCAGGAUAGACCCAUUCGUUCGUGCAACACUCAAGAGGCUAACUAAUGGUCGUUAUGAAACAAGAUUCAGAAUCCCAGACGUCUAUGGGGUCUACCAAUUCAAAGUGGAUUACAACCGUAUUGGGAUAACACAUUUAUACAGUACAACGCAAGUUUCGGUGCGACCGCUACAACAUACUCAAUAUGAGCGGUUUAUACCAAGUGCAUUUCCCUAUUACGUCAGCGCCUUUUCUAUGAUGGGAGGUGUCUUUUUGUUUUCGCUGGUCUUUCUCCAUUACAAGGAUGACGCCAAGUCGAAAGCGGAAUAAUAGUGAUUUCAGUUGCAUAAAAAACUUUUUUAUCCUGUUCCUGUUUCAAUCUGCAUCUGUGUCCUUAUAAAUAAGAUGUACAUCUUUUACACUGAUCAACUAGGUCUAAAAUUGCAUAUACCACCAUGACAUGAAUCGUGUCAUUAAAUCAGUUCAUAUUCUUAUGAACAGAUUCAUUACUCCGACAAAAAAUGAAUUUCAUACAUUCAGCUGUCUAUAAAGCAAUAACGUUUGUCAUCACCUACAGUUGUCAUUUAUUGUACAACCUCUAGUUACUGUAGCUAAUGUAUAAACUCAUCGAAAUAAAUCCAUCAUAUUUCUAGA